AUGAACAAAGUCCUGGCCGACGCAGAGAUGCAGAGAAGGUCCCGCAACCAAGGAUCAACCACUAUGGUCCUGGAACCCCCACCACCAGCCGCCGUCACACCAAACACCACAACCUCCCCUCCUGCUCCCCCGAAGAAAGGUCGAAAGAUUAAGGCCUCUAUGAUGGCAGGAGCGCAGGGAGUGCAUUUCACCGGAGGCACCUUCAUGAACGUUGGCGGUAGUUUGGUUCGCAACGGAGCAAAGGCCGACGGCGUCAAUUUUCGUGACGCCAUGGUAGAAGGGUCGGAUGAAGACGAGAUAGAAGUGGACUAUCUCGAAAAUGCGAGCAAUCUGACAUUGGAGGGGAGCACUAAACAUGAAAAUGUCGGUGGGGCUGUCAGGUCCCUUUUUGCUGGUCAGGAUGGUGUCGCUGCGAGGUCAUCUCGAGUCCAGAAGGGGCACAUCCACGCGCACAUGUUCACAGGGAUCAAAGGCUCUGUGUUCACCGGCGGAGAAUACACAAAUGUUGCAGGGAAUAUAGACUACGUCGGAGCUCUUGGACCUGCUCCGCUGUUUGAAGGCAAGACAGCGCGAGAUACGAAAGAAACCGAACUUGGAACGGAUUAUAUGCCUGGCGGUUGGUAAUAAAGAAGGAAAGACAGGAAGUUGAGUUUGUAAAUAUGUAAUUAGUAUUGACACUGGGGACUCGACGAUACUGCUGAAAUAGAAAACUACGUG